CGUACCUCCUCAUUAUUAUUUUCCACAGCGCAGCCGAAUGGAUUACUAUAGCGGAUGAUUUAGGGCUUAAUGCAACACCCAAUUCUCUCGCUGUUUUGCACUCAUGUGAAUCCUAGCACUGCAGAUCCUGGCAAUAAUUGAAUUGUUGGUUUCCGUCGCUAGCUACGCGCCGUUGCCGGCGUUGUCUUGUUAUUGCCGACUGCGGAGCAACUAGGGCAGUGUUGCAUCCAUUAAUAUCGCAUGAGGACUAUUUGAUACCUGCAACUUCACUUUUUCCUGGACCUGGCCGUCGUCGUUAGAAACAUGGCCUACACAAGAACAGGCAUAGUAUGCCAGCGGCAGUGUGCCAGAUUAUCAAGAACCAUGGCAACAACAGUAGCACCAAAACGACUUUCUCUGGCCGUACUAGAUGACUAUUUGGAUAUUUCCCACACGCAUUUCAACCACAUACCAUCCGAGCAGUUAUCAGUAACCGUGUUUCGUGAUGCGUUCCCCGCUUUCGGCCACCCACAGACGACCCAGCAACAGAAACAAGCGCUGAUUGAAAAACUGCGACCCUUUGACAUGAUCAGCACAAUGCGCGAACGUACCCCAUUUCCCGGCUCUUUAUUACGGGAGCUUCCCAAUCUCAAAGUGCUGCUGGCCACGGGCACGCAAUUUGAAACCUUUGACCUCCAAACUGCCAAUGAAUUGGGGAUCACUGUGGUGGCCGCGCCAGGCAAGGGCCGUACUGGUGGCAAAGGGCUCCUGUCAGCGACGAGACCGCAACUGGAUAUCAAGCGCGGUGGAAGCCACCCUACAACACAGCAUACCUGGGCCAUGAUUCUUGGGCUGGCGCGGAACAUUGCCAUGGAUGAUGCAGUUUUGAAGACAUCUCAUGGAUGGCAGACUCAAAUGGCUCAAGGCUUAACAGGUAUGACGCUGGGGGUAGUAGGUCUUGGUCGACUUGGGGCAGCAGUGGCGCGGAUUGGCGUCUUAGCAUGGAAUAUGAAGGUGCUUUGCUGGAGCCAGAAUUUGACGCAGCAGAAGGCCAAUGACAAGGCCAAGGAGAUGGGGUUACCAGUUUUGGGGGGCGGGCUAGAGCAAGACUCUGCUAGGCCAACUUUUACCGCUGUCUCCAAACAAGAGCUAUUCCAAAAUUCAGACGUUGUUAGCCUGCACUAUGUCCUCAGUGAACGUUCGCGAGGCCUUGUUGGUCGUCAGGAGUUAGCAUGGAUGAAAGACUCUGCCUUGUUGGUGAAUACCGCUCGAGGUCCCUUGGUCGACAGCCAGGCUCUACAGGACGCCUUGCUGACCCAUCAGAUUGCUGGUGCUGCACUGGAUGUAUUCGAUAUCGAACCCUUGCCUGCCACCAGUCCCUGGCGUUCGCAAGAAUGGGGUCGAAAUGGACGAAGCAAUCUCUUAGUGACACCACAUAUGGGCUACGUUGAGAAUGGCAUCAUGAAUACUUGGUAUGAAGAAACAGCCGAGAAUGUAGAGCGAUUCCUACAGGGACAAGAUUUACUACACGUUAUCAACAGCACACAACCAUGACUUUUUCCACUGUGAAUUGCUCCUGUAUCCUAUGUGAGAGCGACAGUAACCCUUCUCUGGCUCUAUUGACUCGAACGGUAUGUAAUUGGUGAUUUUCAUUGAUUUUACUUUUCAGAACAAGGUGCAAAUAGAGUUAGGAAAGCUUGCUUAAAAAAGAAUUAUGCCCAAACAAGCAGAGCACGUUGGUCUUUCCAAUCGGAUGGUGAGAAUCGACAACUUAUGAUUGCAAAGAUCUAAUUUGAUAUAUAACUACGGAUAUUAGUGAUUUAGUGGUAGCGCAAGUCAU